CCGAAGUUGGAAUUGGAGGUGAUUAAAAGCAAGAAAUACGAAGAGAAAAUCGAAUGAUUCGCUCAAAUGGCGAACACUCCUCCUCCUCACCAGACGUAUAUUCCUCUGCCUUCCGACUCAGGCGAAAAUCAGACUGAUCCGGAAGCCAAUGCAACCUUGGUUCCUAUUCAUAUUGUUACUCAUGCAUCUCAACUCCCUAAAGAAUUUGUUGACCCAUCGCCUAGAAAGCAUCUAGUAGUUGGCUUUGAUUGUGAAGGUGUUGACCUAUGUCGCCAUGGAAACCUCUGUAUAAUGCAGAUUGCAUUUCCCGAUGCUGUGUAUCUGGUUGAUGCUGUUCAGGGAGGAGAGGAACUUGUGAAAGUCUGUAAGCCUGCUCUUGAGUCCGAAUAUGUCACAAAAGUUAUACAUGAUUGUAAACGGGACAGCGAGGCAUUGUACUUUCAGUUUGGAAUCAAGUUGAAUAACGUUAUUGAUACUCAGAUUGCAUAUUCACUUAUAGAGGAGCAAGAGGGACGGACCAAGUUACCUGAUAACUAUAUCUCCUUUGUUAGUCUUCUUGCAGAUUCACGUUAUUGUGGUGUAUCAUAUCAGGAGAAGGAAGAGGUUCGCCUCCUACUUAGGCAGGACCCUCUGUUUUGGACAUAUAGACCAUUGUCUGAAUUGAUGGUCCGUGCAGCUGCUGAUGAUGUACGCUUUCUUCUUUACAUCUACCACAAGAUGAUGGAGAAAUUGAAUCAACAAUCCCUGUGGUACCUUGCAGUGCGUGGUGCUUUGUACUGUCGGUGUUUUUGCAUCAGUGAUAAUGAUUAUACUGACUGGCCUCCUCUCCCUUCUGUUCCAGAUAACCUUGUAGGAGAGGGCAAUGCUCCUGAAGAAGAAAUUCUUUCGGUCUUAGAUGUUCCCCCUGGAAUGAUGGGACGCGUAAUUGGUAGGAGAGGAUCCUCAAUUUUGUCAAUAAAGGAAUCCUGCAAUGCGGAAAUUCUCAUUGGCGGCGCUAAGGGCCCACCGGACAAGGUAUUCAUCAUCGGAUCGGUGAGGCAGGUGAGGAAGGCAGAAGCGAUGCUAAGAGGAAGGAUGCUUGAAAUAUGAUUGAAUAAGAACUGUGUUGUGAUGAACAUGAACCCAAUCCUCAAUAUUUAAACACUUUCGUGUUUGUACAUUGCACGAAUGAGGAAGGAUUUCAGCUGUUAUUAGUAUUAUCUCAAAUGGAAGGGAUUACUUUACAUACUGGUAA